CUAACAUUCUUUUGAGUGAUUAUUUGGUGCUUAUCUAAGUAGGUUUUUUACGAAAAUUGUUUUCGUUGAACGGUGAGUUAAUUAGAAGUUAUGAGUGUUUUCGUGAUGUGUUCUAAUAAAUUUUAAAGACAAAUGUGAGUGAAGCCGAACAAAAAGGGAAAAAUGAUCAAAAAACAAGUGGACUUCAUCCGUCGUAAAUUACCGAUCUUCGAUUGGUCACCACAGUAUGACAUUCAUAAAGCGGUCGCCGAUUUGGUGGCAGGAAUCACCAUGGGACUCACCCUCAUCCCACAAUCGUUGGCUUACGCUCCUUUGGCAGGACUCGAACCACAAUAUGGCUUGUACUCUUCGAUUUGUGGCGGACUGACUUACGUAGUUUUCGGAACGAUCCCCGAACUGAACAUCGCACCCACCGCCCUACUUUCUCUUUUGACUUAUUCCUACACCCACAACUUGAGCUACAACCACCAAACUGGAGCAGUAUUGUUAACUUUUGUUUCGGGGGUUAUUGAAUUACUCUGUGGCGUUUUACAAUUAGGAUUUCUGGUAGAUUUCGUGUCCACUCCGGUGGUUGCAGCUCUCACCUCAGCUGCGGCAAUAACAAUAUCCAUGUCGCAGGUUAAAAAUUUAUUAGGGUUAAAGUUUGAGGCUGAAAGCUUCAUAGAGAUUUGCAGGAAGGUUUUCGAGCACAUCUCGGAAACGCAACUUUGGGACACAGUCCUGGGUUUACUAUGUUGCAUCGUUCUACUGUUAAUGAGAAAAUUGAAAGACUUUGGACAUGCAAAAAGUGAUAACAAGGAGGAACUUUCAAGUUUCAGGAAAUUUUUAUUUUUCUGCUCGUUAUCCAGGAACGCUGUGGUGGUACUUUUCUGCGCAGUUCUGUCCUACAUUUUGACCUUGUACAAUUUUGACCUUUUCGCCUUGACAUCGUACGUUCCGUCCGGGUUUCCCCGAGUUGCGGUGCCCGAGUUUGAAACAUUUUCCGAAAGUCAAAACAGAACACUGAAUGUUGUGGAAAUGGUCAAGGAAUUGGGUACUGGCACUUUUGUACUUCCGUUUAUUGCCAUUCUGUGCAAUGUUGCUAUCGCCAAAGCUUUCGCGAGAGGAAAAAUAGUGGACGCAAACCAAGAAAUGAUGGCAUUGGGACUUUGCAACAUUUUCGGCUCGUUUUUCGGUUCGUUUCCUGUAAACGCAAUGUUCACAAUUGCAGCAGUAGGAAAUGCUAGCGGAAUCAAGACUCAAUUUGCAGGAAUUUAUACCAGUGCAAUGGUGGUUUUAUCUCUCACAUAUUUGACACCGUAUUUCGCCUACAUACCAAAAACGACACUUUCAGCAGUAAUAAUGUGCGCGGUUCUGUUCAUGGUGGAAUUCGCGACCACUAAAAUGAUUUGGAAAAUCAACAAAAUAGACAUAAUCCCCUUUAUGGUGACCCUAAUUUCGUGUCUGGUUCUCGGCGUUGGGGUCGGAAUUAUUGUUGGUGUCUGCGUGGAUUUGGUCAUACUUUUGUAUGGAAUAGCCAGGCCGAAAAUACUUUUCGAAAAAGUUCAGUUGCACCACAAAAAGGAAUACUUGAGGGUCACGCCAACUUCUUCGAUUUCUUUCCCUUCUGCUCAAUAUAUUCGAGAGAAUAUCGUUAAGUAUAAUGGAGGACUUGAGAAAAAUAACGAUAUAAUUGUGAUCGACUGUCACAGGAUUCACAAAUUAGAUUUUACUGGGGGGAAAUGUUUUGGGGAUUUGGUGAAAGAUUUAAAGACCAAAGGAAAAUUUAUCGUUUUUCUGUUACCGCAUCGUAACAUGGAGGAAGUGAUUAAACUUACAUGUGAUCCCUCAAUUCCAAUAGUGCAUUAUGAAAAUGAAGUUAGAAAUCUUAUUGAAGGUAAAAUAGACGUGGACAAAACGGUACAGAACGUCUUAGAAGAGACGACGACAUCACUAUAACCGAAUAGUGUUAAAAAAUAACAAAUUGUAAAUAAUUAAAAUAAGUUAUUGCAUAUUUGUGUAGUCACAAUAGUUUACAACAAAUAAAAUAAUAAAAAAACAA